CCACGUGGUGCUGGUGCGCAGCGAGCAAGUGCUGCGCAAGUGCGGAAAGGCGUCGCCCGAGUACCGCGCGCUCGAGAAGCUCCACCCGCUCUCGUACGCUGGCUUUGCAGGCAUUGUCGGCGCGCAGUCAGUCAUGUUUGCCAAAAGCUCGGGCGAGCUCAUCCAGCUCUCGCUCCAAGGCCGCAACCAGUUCAAUCGAGUCCUCACGUAUGUGAUCCUCGCGGGCUUGGUCCUAACGAUUAGCGUCCAAACGCACAUGCUCGCGCUGGGGCUCAAGCACUUUGAUGCGCUCUACAUGGUGCCCGUCUUCACCUGCUUCUUCAUUUCGUUCUCGGUCCUCGGUGGCGCCGUGUACUUUGACGAAUUCCAAGCCUUUACGCUCUACCAGUCUAUCUGCUUCCCGCUCGGCGUCGCCAUCACCGUCGGCGGCGUAUGUACACCUGACGACAAUGAGGCUAUCAUCUUUUGA